GAUCGUCCUACUAUUAAGACUUGUCUCUAAAAAAAAUAAAAAAAAUAAAAAUUAAAAUUUUUGUCGUUUUAAAAAAUAAAAAAAAAAUAUUUGUAAAAAAAUGGAAAAAUAAAAAAAGCAAUAAAUAAAAAAAAUUUGAGUGAUAAGAGACUGAGAAAAAAAAAAUACAAUUAAAGUGCCAUCAAAUAAUUAUAAAAAAAAAUUAAAUUAAAUUUAAAUAAAUUAUAAAGUAAUAAAAAUUCAACUACAAGUUCAUUACCAUGACAGGAACGAGCUUUGACGUGAACGAUGUCGACACAGGCAAAAAAGCUCCCCAAUAUAUCGCCGCUCUCGCUGCUACUGGAGGUGCUUUGGCAGCUGGCACAAUCCUCGGAUGGACUUCUCCCUCAGAAGCUGACAUCAAGGUCCUCGAUCCGAUCACAAAUGUCAGCAUUCCCGGCGAGCAUUACGAUUUCGCAGUUUCAACAGAGCAAUUUUCCUGGAUUGGAUCUUUCGUGACACUCGGCGCUGCUUUUAUCUAUCCCAUUGGAUUUCUCGCCAACUGGUUUGGUCGAAAAAUGACAAUGUUGGGUCUUGUCAUCCCGUUUACGCUCGGUUGGGCUCUCGUGAUUUGGGCGCAAAAUCUCACAAUGAUUUUCGUGGGAAGAUUCAUUCUUGGCAUUGCGGGAGGAGCAUUUUGCGUGACAGCGCCCAUGUAUACGGGAGAAAUUGCGCAAAAAGAGAUCCGGGGAAGUCUUGGAAGUUAUUUUCAACUCAUGGUGACGAUUGGAAUUUUGUUCGUUUAUGCUGUCGGAGCGGGAGUUGACGUUAUUUUGUUGAGUAUCAUUUGUGGCGUCAUCCCAUUGGCCUUUGGGGUGAUUUUUUUCUUUAUGCCGGAGAGUCCUACGUAUUAUGUCUCAAAAGGACGUCAUGAGGAUGCUCUAAAGUCACUUCAAUGGCUUCGUGGCUCAAAUUACGACUGUCAAGGCGAAUUGGAUGAGUUGAAGAAGGAACGUGAGACUUUGGAAGCGAACACAACCAAUAUAGGACAAGCCUUGAUGCGAACCGAGUCCCUCAGAAGUGCCUUUAUCUCCAUCGGUUUGAUGUUUUUCCAACAAAUGUCGGGAAUUAACGCUGUAAUCUUCUACACAACUCGCAUUUUCACGGAUUCCGGCUCCGAUAUCGAUCCCCAGCUCUCGACAAUCAUCGUGGGAUCCAUUCAAGUCGUUGCCACGUUCAUCUCGUCCAUCGUCGUUGACAAAUUAGGACGUCGUUUGUUGCUUCUCGUCUCAAUUGUCGUCAUGGGAGUCUGUUUGUGUGGCUUGGGAGUCUUUUUCUACUUGAAAGAUAGCAAUUUUGAUGGCAUCGACAGCUUAAGUUGGCUUCCAAUCACCUCGUUAUGUGUCUUUAUGAUCUUCUUUUCGCUCGGAUUUGGUCCUGUGCCGUGGUUGAUGUCGGGAGAACUCUUCGCCCCCGAUAUCAAAGGGUUCCUUAGUGCAAUUGCAGGCACGACAAAUUGGCUUUUGGCCUUUAUCAUCACGAAAUUCUUCGCUAGUUUGCAAGAAAGCAUGGGAAGUGGUCCGACAUUUUGGCUUUUUACCGGAUUUUGUGUCGUCGGUUUUGUCUUUGUGAUAUUGUUUGUGCCCGAAACGAAGGGAAAGAGCUUCCAAACGAUCCAGGAUCAAAUUAGGCAUCAAUGCUUGCAAAUUGUGGAUUACACGCCGAAAGAUGAACCUGCCACAGAGAAAGUAACAGCUUAAUUGUUUUUUUUUUUUGUAUUUUUAAAUUUAUUACGAUUAUAUAAUUUUUUAUGGCAUUUAAAAAAAAACGUCACGCAAAAAAAAUGCAUUUUAAGUGCACCAUUAACAUCAGAAAUUGUAUAGAAAAAUAUUAAAAAAUUAAUUUUUGUUUAAAAUUCGAGAUUUUUUUAUUA